GCCCGGGUUUCUGGGCGCGCGGUGCUGGCGGCAGUACAACCGCAUGCGCUACACGCUCGCCAGCCUGAGCUCCGAGGCCGGCGGCCUCUCGGGGGGCGACGCGUGGCGUCCCUGGGCGGAGUGGAAGGCUCGUGGCCCUCCGCGGGCGGUGCUCCUGGGCGGCCUGAAGUGCCGCUCCUUCGGCGACUCCACGAGGUUCGUCGUCUUUCGCUUCCGCUUCGAGGCCUACUUCGACCGGCACCGGGGCGACGCCGUGGUGGAGUCCGUCCGGCGCUUCUACCUGUCGGACGCCGACGCGGGUCAGCGCCGGCAGCUGGACGCCAUCGGCGCGUGCGUGCCGCGGGAGUGCUGCUUCCACCAGCCGCAGGGCUCCAACGCGAGCGCCAUGGACGGCCUGCGCUCGGUCCUGUUUUACUUCGUCUUCCACUUCAAGAUUGGCCUGGCUCCAGGAGAGGUCGUGCCAGAGCCCGUCGAGUCGGACUUCGAAGGCAUAUUCACCAUCAACCUGGCCGAGCCCGACAAGGCCUGGGUCAAGUGCCACAGAGAUUGA